AUGACUGUUUUUCUUGCAAUUAUUGCCGUAAUCUGCCUUUAUGGUAUUUACGGAAUUUCCGCACAGACAGCAUGUGAUGAUGUAGAUACCACUGUGUGUCAGAAGUUCUACGACAAAUGGGAUAUCUGUUUCGACCAAUGUCUGUCAAAGCUUUGUCCGAGGACAUGCAAAAGAUGUCACUUGUUUCAGAAAUGUUACAAUUGUGAUACUGUCUCUGAUGUAAACGACUGUAAUUCUACAAUGGAAUGUCCUGCAAACAGCAUGUGCAUUGUUAGUGAGUCCUUAGGAUUAGAUUUUUCCAUGACUUACCGAUUGGGCUGUGCAACUUAUGACGUAUGUUCGCGAUUAUUUGGAGUGACUACAACUCAAAUCACUCUGAUUAUUGGAAAAAGGACAUCUGAAAAGAGAGCAAAAUUAAAUGGUGAUUGUUGCAGCACAGAUUUGUGUAACAGGCACUCGCCUUCACCCCCAAGGAUAAGGCGUCUGGAGUCAACACCUGCUACAGCCAUUGAAAUUAACACAACUGAAAUGAUGACAUCAUCAACAGGUGCUAUCAACUCAAAAUGUUUGGAUAUUGACACAUCAGCUUGCCAGAGGCUAUCUAGUCUUAAUAAAGCAAUGUGCAGUGACCCUUGUGUGGUACAGGCUUGUCCAAGGACGUGUGGGCAGUGUUCGGAAUGUUAUUGGUGUGAUCAUGUAAAGAAUCCUGAACAAUGCAACACGACCACACAAUGUGAUAGAGAAGAGGCGUGCUAUGUAUUGGAGACUCUUUCAUACAGUGGUGAACAUUCCUUCAACGUUGGAUGUAUGCACCAGAAGGUCUGCAAUCAGUUCCACUCCCAAGCUAGUCAUGUCUUUGGUAAGAGAGCAGAUCUAGUUGAGCUGUCGCUAGAUGGCGAUUGUUGUUCAGGUGAUCUCUGUAACCAUCACGCUCUGACCAACGUGACAGCUACUACUACGGCUGCUCCUACAAAUAUGUGUGCAUACACGGCCGCUAAUCAUCACUGCCCCACAAACUUCCAUCUUGUGGACGGUAAAUGUUAUAUGAUUGGGAGUACCUCUCUACAAUACGAGGAUGCUUUGAACUUUUGUAAGACACACUGUUCCAAACUGGCUGAGAACCUAUCUCAUGGAGAUUACGGAGCACUUGAACAUUUUGUACGUGGAGACAACGUAUACAUUGGAGCACGGGAUCCACACAGAAAUGGUGAGUUUGUCUGGAACACCAGUGGAAGACAUGCAGGUAGUUUAAACUAUCUUGGAGGCCUUUUAGGAUUACACAAUCCCAGAACAUGUGCAAGUUACUCAGCAGUUCGCCCUGGCCUAUAUGCUGAAGAUUGUUCCAAUGCUCUAAGACCAUUAUGUCAGGCUAGAAUGAAAUAA